AUGAGCAAACAAAGUCAAUCCCCACUUGCCGCCCUUACCGAACAAAUCGGUGGAGAAAGCGCAUUCAACUACUUGAUCAUGACCUUCAGCGAAACCGUCUUGCAAGACCUCGAACUGCAAGUUGCCUUCAAGGGAAUGGAUGCUGAGGUUCUCGCCGAUCACAUGACCAACCUCAUCAAGAUGGUGUUUGGAUACUCUUGCAAGUCCAGCAUGGUCAGCAGCAGCGUCCGCGGUCGAGUUGUCUUGAGAAACUACGCUCUAUUCGAGCUUGGGUUGAGCCGUAGCCAAUUGCGCAAGUUGCAACUUCACUUUGAAGCUGCCAUGGUCGAUUCUAUGGUCGAAGGAGACGUCUUUGAGCACUGCAAAGAACGUUUCACCGACCUGUGUAUCAUCUUUGACGCAGAAAAGAGAGGUCUUCAACAGAGCCCGGAUGCCAUGUCCAAUGAUCCAGCAAUGAUCAUGAUGGCCCGAGCCCGCCGUGUGGUUCCCAAAGCAGCUUAG